AUGUCGCCCCCCAUCUCUUUCGUUCCUCGUCAUUCCCAGCCGUUCACCCUGGAACAAGCGAUGCAAUUAGAAGUGGACAUGCUCGUUGCCGAAGUCGGCAGGCUUGAGAACUCCCUGACACACCUUCGAGAGACCCAGGCGGAGCUAGCCUCGUUCUUGAAGGAAGAUCCAGAAGGAGAUGCAGAUGGCGAGUUGGCUAAGGCGAUGGAGGAGAAUGAUGAGGUGAUCGAGAGCCAGAGCGAACGCGUCACGCUCGUCAAGAUUGCGCUGCUCAAUAAGGUGGGGGAGGGCGGAGUGAGGCAUAUGGGGCUGGAGGUGGGCGAGGAGGAGCUGGGAGGGACGGCGAACACAGCGCACCAGCCAGAUCGGGCAGCUACUGGAGGCGCUGAAGUAGAGGAGGGCAUGCACCUCUAA